GGAAAGCUUCAUUACAAAUGAUUGCUCAAUGAACUGUACUUGCAUAGACACCUCAUCUGUGCUUUGCUAUUUCAUGAAAUGUAAACCCGAAGAGAAAUGCACAACUGCCAAUCAGAUCCUUGGAUGUUAUAUCCCAAGCUCGUGUCUAGAGAAUCCUUGUCAGAAUGGAGGUACCUGUAUGGAGACGCCAGGAGUAGGAAAUGCCACCAGUAUUAGUAGCUGUUUGUGCCCUAGUACUCACACUGGAUUGUACUGCGAGGAUGAAAAGGAAGCAAAUACAGCUGUAAUCUACAUAGUGAUUGGCGUAGUUGUUGGCGUGUUUGUCAUCAGCCUUGUGUUUAUAGUCGUUGCAUAUUUCUACCUCAAAUCCAGAAAACGCAAUAUUAGGCUUUUGGAUUAACCAGAUUCCUCUAAGCAUGAAAGACAGUGCAUCAGUCCGAUCAAUAAACAUGGCGUAUAAUGAGUC